CCACAUGCUGUUAUAAAAAUAGCUAUCAGCUGCCGACACUCUGCUGAACUGAUCGCAACGUGUGGUAGUAGACACUCCGUGCUGAACUGCAGUGGUUGCAACGUUCCGUGGUAGACAGUCUGCUCAGUAUUGAAACUAGUGGUCGCAAAGUGUUGAGGUAGACGGUGUUAGAAACAUCGGCGAUGUGAAUAUGGGCAAAUCACAAUCAAAGAGUAAAGAACGUAGCAGUGAUGGGCGAACAGUAGUGUAUUCUGAACGACGAGUGAUUACAAAAACUACAACUACACGAACAGUAACCGGAAGUGAUGGGCAAACCACUAUAACAACAGAAACGCACCAUAGUGGAUCUGAUAGACCAUCUAGUGGGUUCAAACGUUUCUUUACAAAAAAAAGUGGUGACAGUAAACAAUCCAAACAAAAGAAGAAAAAGAAGGAUAAACGCGGUAAAGGCAAGUUUUCUGAUGGCGAAUCUGUAAAAGACGUCAAACCAGAUGCAUCGUUUCUGAAGACUCUACGACAAGACUGCCUUAAAGCACAUAACAAAUUACGAUCUAAACAUAGGGCACCGUCCAUGAAAUUGGACAAUGCUUUGAAUAAACAAGCUCAAGACUGGGCUGAACAGAUAGCGAAAUCUGACCGCUUUGGACAUCGUCCAAACAACAAAUAUGGAGAAAAUAUUUAUUAUGCGAUGAACUCAAGAGGAUUGGGAACGUUAACAGGCGAAGGUGUAGUACAGUCAUGGUAUGAUGAGAUCAAAAAAUACAAUUUUAAGAGUGGCGGUUUCAGUUCUGGUACAGGUCACUUUACACAAGUUGUAUGGAAGGCGUCAACUGGACUGGGUAUCGGUUUCGCACCAAGUAAAAAUAAAGCCAACACAUGGUAUGUGGUGGCUAAUUACAACCCUGCCGGUAAUGUACAAGGACAGUAUCAGAAGAACGUAUCAGCCAAGUAAAUAACACAAAAUUAUGACGCAUAAAACGAUUGGAUUAUGGAGUAUUACUGAUCAACUAUUUUGCACAAGGGUACUGGGAUUAUGGUCAGACAAUGCACAAAUGUUCUCAACUUUGUAGUAACGGUACGUUAGAUCAUUCACAGAUAAACGAUAUGUGAUCCCGUAUUUUGUCACUUUUAUUUAGAUAUUUAGCAUCAAGUAUUUAGAUCAGAAUAAAACGCCGGGUCUGUGUCAUUCAAUGUUUUAUUUGAUCGCACUUUGCACAAUUACGAAUGUUCGAGCGAAGACACUGCAGACCUAUAGUAUGGAUGCUGAUAUAUCUGGCCGUUGAAGACUUCUUAAAACUGCCGAGAGGGUUGAUUUGUUUUUUGUGUGCAGCCUAUAACAGUGCAUAUCUUCUGACUAAUUUCUAUCAACCUUUUGUUAUAUUAAUAUUUACAUACUUUGUUUACUUAUAAUAGUCCAUUAGCAUUUCUUUUAGCGAACUGAGAAAAAUAAUAUUAACAUUUUAGAAAAAAAGAACGACAUACAAAACUGCAGAAUAUGAAAUAUGUCACUUUCCUUUGUGUAUUCAUAACUACGCCAUUAACGAGCUAUUAUCAUAUUUUGAAACGAAACAACAAACAAACAUACAAAUCAAUUUAACCACAUACACUAGACGCUAGUGUCUUUAAUUAACGCAUUUAAUUUCAUCAGGAAAGAAUUUCAAGUAUUAGUGCCAUAUUUACAAGUAUUUGUACUUUGAAAAUUAAACACAUAAUCAAAUAAAUAAAACUCUAUUUUA